AUGCCAAGAAGCAGAUUUUCAGGGCCAUUCUCGUCUCCGAAGGUGGACAUAUUCGUGGACAUGGGCAAUCCUUUCCUCAAUACUACCGUCGACGGUUUCUUGAAGAUUGGCGCUGUUGCAGCGACGAAAACAGCUGCAGAGGAAACAUAUCACAUAGUCAAACGAGGGAAUGUUUCAAGUCACAACUUUGAGCACUCGUGCCCUGGGUGUGCACAUCUUAUUGAGAUGGGUGGGGCGGUGUGCACAUCUUAUUGGUAUUUCGUUAUUGGAACCAAUCCAAUGAUGGGAAACAAAACUCGUCUUGAGUUUUGCAUAAAUAAGGUUGCCAAGGAGCACACUCAGCAGUUAAAGAAAAUGUGUAAAGAAGGUGCAUAUUGGGGAACAAUAGCUGGAGUAUAUUGUGGAAUGGAAUAUGGAAUGGAGAGAGUUCGUGGCACCAGAGACUGGGUAAUACCUGAAUAGCAUUUGAAGUGGUUUUCGCUCUAUAGUUGAACCACAUUUAUUUCAAGCUUAAGCACACCUUGCUAUAAGGGUAUAUAGAUGCUAUUGUUGUUACUUAUUGUCUAUUUCCAGGCUGUUAGUUCUAAGAGUCUCAUGGAUUCUUGAUUGUGCUUGACAUUUAAUUCCGCAUGAAUUGACUCCAACACUUCUCCAAAAUGACUGUUGUGGAAAUUGGAAAGUGCUAGUUAUGCCUUGAUUCUGAAGGUUCUAGGUGAUUUUACCAGAGACCUCAGAUCAUAUAUCCUCCCACUUGAGGUUUAAGAUGGUGUUGUGUUGGGGGGGAGAUUAUAGACUGCUUUGUUGGAAGUUUAAGCAUCUAGACUCUCUUGUUUGAUGAAUCCACCAGUUCAAGAAAAUUCAGAUUUAGAGAGACGACACUUGUCAUUAGAUCGCAAUUGUUGAAGAUGAUGGCAAUAAGAAGUUCUAAACAUAUAAGUAAUGCGAUGAAGAUUGAUCAUAAAUUGUUUUUAGUAGAGGUCAAGGUGGAAUGUUGUCAAGAUUGUUGAAAGAACUCGUUUUGCUAGUUUCUCCAUUGCUAUAGGGGUGGGGGGUGGUUCCUGGUUGUGUAGUGUGGUCAAAGAGGCAUGUGUAUGGAGAAGGUCAAAGUUGUUUUUUAGGAAGCUUUGUACCAGUGAUUAUCAUAUGUGGGUUGGAAUGAAUUAUAACAAGUUUGGGAAGUUCCUUACGAUAUUUAAAAUCCAUUCGUCUAAGAGAAGGGCUUCAUUUUUGUUACUCAAGGAGUAACUAUACUGGUUGGAGUAAGCUUCAGACAAUGUGAAAUGGUAGCUUGAAAAGUGGUAGGAAUGAAAGGAAUACUAUAUUUGUGUUGAAUCCUGCACUGGGGGGGUGAAAUCAUUGAGAAGAAAGAGGUGGAGUGUGUGGAUACAAAAAGUAAUAUUGCAUAUGUUUUUGAUUUUGGUAAAUGGAAGGGAGCAGUGGUUUGCACAAGGGAAAUUAUUUUCAUUCUAUGACAAAGGGUUACAGAUGCUUUGGUUUUUGAGUUUAAUUGUGAAAUUCUGUUGAAUCCAUUCCAAGUGGACAAAGGCUAUAUUUUUAUUUUUUGUGAGAAGAGGAUUGUGCAAUUGAUAUUUGUAGGAAUGAAGAGAUUGUUAUAGAGAAGGUGGGUAUAGUUGUCCAAAUGGGUUCUUCAAAUAAAUGGUGGAAGAGAUUGUUUUCUUUUUCUUUUGGGAGGGUGGAUUGGAAUUGAUGGGUUACCUUUUCAUCUGUGGAAUGAAGAUGUUUCUAGAAAAAUUGGAGAUUGGUGUGGUGGGUUGCUGACGUGCUGGAGACUGAUAGAAACACUUUGGCCAAGCAAAAUUUGUUUCAAGCCAAAAUUCGUGUUGGUGGAUGUGAAAGGAAUUAUUCCAUCUGCUUCAAUGUUGAAUACUUACAUGUUAUUAGGUUUGAAUCAAGGUUAUUUUAAAGUUUGGAGUGGUUGUUAGUGACAGGAUAAAGCUUCAGAGGCGAUACAGUGGGAUGAAAUUUCGAUACACUCAUUGAGAGGUAGAAAAUGACAAUGUAGCUAGGGAAUCAUUGUGUGGCUUGGAAGGGCAGGAGGUUGUACAAGAUCUGUAUGCACUGCAAGGUAAAAGGAUGGAAAAUGGGCUUGAAAUAAGGGAUAUUGUUUUAGAUUUUGGGUCAGCUAAUAUUAUGAGGGAGGCGAUAAUGUAGGAAGCACGGAUAAUUUCACCGGGGUAUGUCCGACAUGGACACGGUCAGGAUACGACUGGACACGUGUCCGACACAGUUAGAAGUGUCUUGCAUAGUGAAUUUAGUCGAACAUAGCCAGGACAUGAGUAGAAUACGUCUAGGAUACAACCAAAAAUUUUUUUAUUAAAAAAAACAACUUUAAACUAUUAAAAGGAGUGUGAUUUUUACUUUUUUAAUAUAUUUUUUGUUAUGUAAUUUAUAUACUAUGAAUGUUAAUAGAUGUCAUGAUGUUUGAUU